AAGAGGUUAUAUCUAAUGGAACAUCCGCUACUAGAUGAGGGAUUUUAGAAGGCGCCACGAGAGCAAUGAGUCUAUAGGCGGCAGCAGCGGAGGCACGGCGUGAGUCGGUGUGAACCUUCCGUACCCAGAAACGCUUUGCUCUCUCACCACGACAAUUAUCCAAGGCCAUAGAUUUGAGAAGCCGUGUUUUCAAGAGUUUCUCCAGUUACUAAUGCAGAAAUCUUGUCACUCUGCCUUUAGAACUUUAAAAACACGUUCAAAAACUCGUGUAAAUUUAAAUAAACCCUCUUGAAAUAGUAGAGAUGAAGCACAGAAGUCUUUGAGAAUACGAGCUUGAAACUGCGAGAACGAGGGAAAGAAGACACGUAAGGAAGAAGACAAGAGCAAACGAGUCCUUUCUGACCAUAAGGAGCAGCUGGCUAAGAUGUCACACAGAUACCCCGGGGCGAGAAGCAUGGCCGCGUCCAACAGCCGCCCACGCCACGCCCUUUGCCUGCUGCUGCUGCUGUCUGGGACUUUGCUUUCCCACGUCAACACAACCCUCGUAAUGAAAACGUCGAAUAGAUCUGAGAGUGAAGUGUUUCUGCCGGACGAACAACUGGUUCACCUCCUCUUCUGGGUGGAGGAAGCGGGCGGAGCGGCGCUGUUGGGGACGGAAGGCAUGGAACAAGAAGACCAUUUCAAAACGGAGGGAGAUGACAAAGAUAAGGAAAAGGGGAAAAAGAAUGGAAAGAAGAAUAGGAAUGUUAUGGAUGUGUCAGAGGAGGAGGAGGACUAUGACGACCACGAGGAUGACAGCAGCGCCACCAUCGCCAUCACCUACUUCGUCUCCGUCUUCCAGUACCAGACCAUCAGCUUCAACGCGUCAGAGCGAAGCGUGUGGCUCUCGACUCUCUUCAGUUACAACCUCGUGGACAUCCCAGUAGCGUCCCUGAGCUUCAACCCCGUCCCGCCCUCCUGGUGGGGACGCAGGGUGAAGGUGUGGAGUGAGCCAACUGUGUACUGGUACCUGUGCCCCUCACCAGACCAGUGCGCUCCAGGCAAGCCACCGCAUUUCCUUCACACGCCCGACGCCCACCCGAUAUUAGUCAUCGUCUUCGGGGCAACAAGCGCGGUGCUGCUGCUCCUGUGUCUGGGUCUGGCGGCUCUCGUCCUGUACCUGAGGAGGAAGCCCAGCCCCAAACAAUCACGUCACUGGCUGUCACGCGCCGACACGAUCGCCGCCCACCAGUUCACUACCAGGUGCUGAGUGUGGGUGUGAGUGCAGCGCUAUAGUCACACUUCAGCACUUCUCUUAUUUCCUUCAGUGCCAUGACACGUAUCCAUAUUCAUUGUUUCCUAUUUUAAACAGCUUGAGAAACUUAUAUGGGGGAUUAAAAUAGUGAAGACUCCUAACUUCUGACCUCCACAGACCUUUCAUAAUGUCAAUAAAAUGGUCUAAUCGUAUACAAAUCUUAAGGUGAAAAUGUGUCCCAGUACUAAAGGAGUUAACCACUUGAGUGCCUUGACGCGUUCCCAUAUUCAUUCUGUUUACCAUUUGGUGAUUUUAUACAGCUUCAAAACACAGGUGAGGAAUUUAAAAAGGGAAGAAUGUGGCCAUUAUUUUUUUUUUUUUACCUCCAGAGACCUUUCCUAAUGUCAAUAAAAUCGGCUAAUCACACCCAAAACUCAAGAUAGAAAUGUCCCAGUAUUGAAGGGGUUUAAAUGAAGGUCAUUCUAUACAGUGAGGCAGGGAAGGACAUAUGAUCGUGGCAACAUCUCAGCAUCACAGCGCGGCGUGUCCGUGAUGAACAGCCUUACUACUGUGCCGGAGGAAUAGAAAGCUUGCUAAAAGUCCUACAAUAAAUUUAUAUUCCAUAUGAUCCGUGCAAGUGACGUUCCUCCGAGCUCUACCAAAUGGACUUUCCCAAUCACAUGUUCCCUAACCUCUCCCCAUCGCUCUCUUUCCCGUUGCUUGCCUGUCUAUACUCUCUGCUCACCUGAAAACCCUUCCCUUCCACCGUGACCCUUCCACACCCCCCGCGACCCUCACCGCUUACACUCCUCUCUCAAUCCAUCAUCCGUCUGUCCCUUUCAUUGCCGAAGAGAAAAGUGCUCACCAUUUUAUACCUCGAUGGGUGCCAGAGAAUACAAUGCGGUCAUGAAAGCUUGGCGUGACCUCUUCUUCACCCAGGCGUCACUCCUCAGUCCCCCACAGUCUCCAGUAUUCCCUGAGCUGUCGCGGGAGGCACACAUGGCGCCUCCUUGCAGUGCUUCUGGUGUCGGUAAUGCUCCCUCAACAUUAUUCUCAGAAACGCUGAUUUUAUGUCGCCUCAAAGCUGUCCCUCACAAACUGUACCUCUCAAGUGUACUCUCACCCACUCCCUAGCCUGUGACAUUUAUUACACACACACACACACUCUCUCUCUCUCUCUCUCUCUCUCUCUCUCUCUCUCUCUCUCUCUCUCUCUCUCAAUAGGCCUAGGCAAUCUAAUACAUUUUUAAUCUACUAGACGCUGUUAUAUAUGAUAGGGCUAAUAAAUGUAUCAGUAUCAAUCUCUCUCUCUCUCUCUCUCUCUCUCUCUCUCUCUCUCUCUCUCUCUCUCUCUCUCUCUCUGCAUGCACUCACCACCCGCUCUCCUCGUCUUUCCCUACGUGCUGGAGUGUGCGAGUGUGUGAGGAAACGCCCUCCACUGAUCCCCGCGGCGCCGCCCAUGCUUUGCGGCCCUCGUCCCUGAGCCCUGGGUCCGUAUUCACAAACGCUUUGUUCUCUCACCACAAUUUUUAAAGGCCACAGAGACAAUUAGCCAAGAUCUAAACGUAAUUUAUCCUGUUAUUAAUGCAGAAACCUUGUUAACAUGGCACUAGAAUUACAGAAACACCCUUAAAAAUCCGUGUCACUUCAACUAGAACUCUUUAAAAAUAGUGGAGGUGAGGCGUAGAAGUGUUUCAGAAUACGAGCCUUGAGCCCUGAGCCCUGAGCCAACGGGACGAGUGUUGUGGCGACCAGCCCGUCACACCGCCGUUUCCAAAGACAAGAGGAUCCGAGCGCCAUACGAGAACUUGGCAAACAGCGCGGCAGGCUCAAGAUUAUGUGAAGCCUCUGGAGAAGGAGACGUAAAGAGAGCGAAGAGAAGGGACGACGUGAGGAAAAACAGAGAGAGAGAGAGAGAGAGAGAGAGAGAGAGAGAGAGAGAGAGAGAGAGAGAGAGAGAGAGAGAGAGCAUCAACCACUCCUAGCUGAUCUGUUUACCACCACCUUCAUGAUCUUUCCACAUAAUAGCGUCGCACAGCUGAAUCUUACCAUUACACGGUACAAACCAUUAAUAUUUUCACUAUAACAGGCUCUGAUUCCCCAUUAUGAUAACAAAAAGUGUCGAAUAUAACACUGUGACUGACUAAUAAACUGUAAUCCUU